AUGAGCUUUGACGCUGACUCAUAUUUUAACGGUCCACGCAAAGAGCUUUACCGUCUCCAUAAAGAGCUUGUUGAAAUCGAAUCCAUCUCAGGUGAUGAAAAAAGCGUGGGGUCUUAUCUUAAAACAUACCUAGAGAACCUCGGGUACACAGUCGAAUGGCAACCAGUCCCGGAAAAGUCAGGUCGCGAACGGGCCAAUCUGUAUGCAUACAAGGGGGAGGAACGCAACACGCGUGUACUGCUGACAUCCCACAUUGACACGGUCCCUCCAUACUUUGGAUACAGUGUAGUAGAUGAUCGGAUUUAUGGACGUGGAACUGUUGACGAUAAGAAUUGUGUUGCUGCAAUGAUUAUUGCUUUAGAAGAGCUUUUGACGGAGAAAAACUUAAAAUCUUCUGAUGUAGGUUUACUAUUUGUUGUCGAGGAAGAAAUUGGAGGACCAGGCAUGCAGUUUGCCAAUAAGCAUCUAGGCAUCAACUCAUGGGAAACUGUGAUUUUCGGUGAGCCUACAGAAAUGAAAUUAGGUGUUGGACAUAAGGGAAUUGUAAUGUUUAAUUAUGUUGCCCGUGGGAAAGCUGCACACUCGGGAUAUCCAGAACUAGGCGUUAAUGCUACUGAUACUCUGGUUGAUGCAUUGUACAAGCUUCGUCAUAGUAGCUUACCCAAGUCAGAUCUUUUAGGAGAAUCCACUGUUAACGUUGGUAUUAUCAAGGGCGGUGUUGCUGGCAAUGUCAUUCCUGAAAGGGCUGAAGCUUUCAUUAUGAUUCGUGCAUCUAAGGAUACCAAUAAGAUCAUUGACAUUGUGAAGUCAAUUGCUGCUGAGUAUGAGAACCUAGAGAUUGAAGAGUUACACUCUGUUCCUGAGCAACUACUGGAGUAUGAUGUGCCUGGGUUUGAGAGUAUUGUGUUGGCUUAUGCCACUGAUGUACCGUAUCUAGAGGGCAAUUUUACGCGAUUCUUGUAUGGUUCUGGGUCUAUUCACGUGGCCCAUUCGGAUCACGAGUAUGUACCCAUCAAGGAGCUCUAUGAUAGUGUGGACGGGUACAAGAAGCUUAUUGAAUUUUCUUUAGCGAAGUAA